GCAGAGAUUUCGAUAUUGUUUUCGAAAUUGAAUAUCGAAUGCUAAUUGAAUGUAGUACUACGGCUAUAUUUUGGUAAAUAGAGUAGCGGUGUUAUACGCAGUAGCGUUAAAAAUCCAAACGAAUUACACGAAUCUCAGAAAAGUGAAAUAUUUAAAGCCGAAACUUUAACGAGAGUGGCACGAAUGCAAGCAGGGGGUUAUUUUUGGGAUACGCUUUUCGAAACGACAACAAUAAUAACAAUAACAACAACCAAAACAACAGCAACAUCAUGAGACUAUCGUUAGUCGCUGGCAACCGCAAAGCAAAGCAAACUGCCGUUCGGUCCAUCGGUCGAUAUGUAGAUAUGAGCUAACAAUCGUAGUAGCGACACAAAAACAAAAAUAAACUACAACAGCAACAGCAACAGCAGCGGCAACAACAACCAUAAGGAAGUGCGGAAUUAUAACAAAAAUUGUAAAAAGUAUUCUAAAUAGCAUGAAACAAGCGUAUGAAUGAAACAACAAAAGUCAGACGUCCAACGUCAGACGGCAGCGGCGGUAGACGUUGAAAAAGAAGAAGAACAAGCAAGAAGCAGUAGCAACUACAGCAACUGUUGCGCUGUAGCGGUAUUUGACGAGUUUAGCGAACGCGAUGAUCGUAGUGUUGGUUGGUAGUCGUAGACGUAAUGUUGGGUGGGAUCGUUCAGAUCGUUCAGAUCGUUGGGAACGACGGUAAAUUUACCAAAAUAUAAAUAAAUAUAAUAUAUCGCAGAAAUUAAAAAAAAAAAUUACAAAACAAAAAAAAAAAACAACGAGCGUGCGAAGUGAAAAAAAUAUUCUUAUCGGCGCGCUGCAGUGGCGUAUAUGUUUAGAACUAAUUGCAAAAUAAAGAAAAAAAGCAACUAAAACAAAACGGAUAAAGUGAACUGAACGCGUAAAUUUCGAGCUGCGGAAGCGUGAGGGAGUUAUUGUGACACGAAAUCGCUGAGCAAAAAGGAAAUAAUGGACACCAAACCGCCUUCAACACCUGUUAGCAAUGGCAAUGGUAAUGGCAACGUUAAUGCCAACCACAACCACAACCACAACAGCAGCGGUAACAGCAACGGCAGCACUUACCACCACCAUCGCGCGCCGCGCACCCCCGAAAGCUACUUCAAUGUGCCCGAAUCGAUCGCGCUGCUGAACAUCGUUAAAUCAGAGCGCAUACAAAGCGCCUUCCAAUCGAAUCGCAAGAAUCACGCCAGCGUUUGGGAGAUGGUCGCCGAAGUGCUGAAUCGUUUUAGUGCGCGCAAACGCUCCGCCAAACAGUGCUGCAAUCGUUAUGAGAAUUUGAAAAAGAUCUACACACAACUGAAGAAGAAUCCCGAGCGUCAUGUGCGUCGUAAUUGGCCUUACAUGUUUCUCUUCAAAGAGAUCGAGGAGCAGCGCGGCGAGUGCUGGGGUUCGGCGAAUGGCAAACGCUUGGCUUUGAUAGCGAAGAGUCACAAAGAGCUGUCCUAUUAUCAGCGCCGGCGUCAGGCUGCCGAGCUUGGUGUCGCGUAUUUGGGCAAAGAAGCGGCCGCGGUCAUGCAGCAUAGCCUGUUGCAGAGCCUGUCCACCGAUUCCAGCAGCAACAACAGCAAAAUGGAACGCUUUCUGCCCAACCACUUUGUGGAAGCGCAACUGGGCGACGGUUUGGGCGGUGGCAUGGGCAUAUAUGACGAUGGUCCACCCAUGCAUUUGCCAGGUGGCGCAAGCGCGGCAGCGGCUGCAGCAGCUGCGGCGGCGGCGGUAGCAAUGAAUGCGGCCAUGCAGAAGGAGCAGGAAAUGCGCGAAAGUGCGGCCAAUGAGAGCGUUGGUAACAUGGAGAAUAGCAAUUGCAAUGUGGCGGCACCACAUGUGGCCGAGUUAAAUGGCGCGCUGCCUUUGAACGGCGUUACUGAGAUACCUACUGGCGUGGCGGGUGUAGCAGAUGGCGGCGGCGUAGUUGUGGGCGGUGUGAAUGGCUUGUUGGUGCCACAUGCCGCUAAUGGCAUUAAAGAUGUGCUGCGACCGCAAUUCGAUAAGGAAUGCAAUGGCGGUGGGCCAAUGGGUCUGACCAAUGGCGAAAAUAAUAUGACCAUGAAGUCCGAGCCUAUGUCCGAUGGGGAAUUCAACCCAGAUGAUAUACAGUUAAUGCAGACGAAUUACAAUGGUUCUCAAAACUACUAUCCACACAGCAUCGACCACAACAUUCUGCACCCGGACGUCAUAGUCGACACCGAUAACAUUUCCGAUUGCAGCAGCGUUAUCGGCGGUGAUGGCAUUGGCGGGUCUGCGAAAAGCAAACGCAAACUCUCCACAUCCACCGAUGGCGGCGACAGCACAAACUACGAACUGAUCGAGUACUUAAAGCGGCGCGAGAAGCGAGACGAGGAACUGCUGCGGCGCAUGGACGCGCGCGAAGAGCGACUGCUAGCCUUACUUGAGCGCACCGUUGUGGCCAUUGAGGCGUUGGCGGGUAGAAAGGCAGUGGAAAACAAGGAGUGAGACGCUGUGGUGACCUCAGCGAUAUAAUGUGCCUUUACAGCAACAACAGCAACACCAAACAAAACCAGUCAUUUAGUGAAGUAAGCUAUAUAGAUUUAAGUAAGUCAAGCCAAAAAGAGCUAGCUCAAAACGCUAGCGCAGCCAAAGAACAAAUGCGAUGAGAUUUUUAUUUUGCUAAGUUAACUUUUUUGCUUUAAUUUUUAGUUUUGUUUUUAUUUUAAAAAAUUUUUUAUUUAUUAAAAUAUUUUUAUUUAAUUUUUUUUUUUAAUGAAUUUAGUAUAAUGCUCAGUAAGUGUAAGUUUUUACAUAUUAAAAUAUUUCCAUGUAGGCUUACACACAUACGGUACACAUACAAACACAUACAUAUUUAUAUACAGAAUUUUGUGCUUAAUUAUUUUAUAAGUGUAGUCGUAAGAAUAGGCAGCUAUUUCAAUUUAUUUGAAAUGUUGCCAAAAAUUUACUUAACUAUUUUAAUAUUGUUGGAUGAGCGAAAACUUUUAAAUACUCAUUUUAUUUUGCCAUAAUUUGUAACUUAUGUGCCAUUGUAUUUUAUUUAAAUACGAAGUAAGUGUAUGCAUUGAGAAUAAUAUGAAAAUAGCACAUUGUAAUAUGCAUUUAGCUGCAUAAAAUUUAAAUUCAUAAAAAAUAUUUUGCUAAAAAUACGCAUGAGUAGUAAAACUUCUUAAACAGUUGCGCGCAAAUUUCUUAACAAAAAUAAAUCAAUUUUUCUUUACUAAAUUUAAAAGAAUUAUUCAUUUUGUAAAAAUAUGUCAACGCUCUUUGUAAAAUUUAAAAUUGUUUAAUAAAGUGCAUGCCACAAAACAAUUAUAAUGCGUGCAUAUACAAAUUUGUAAAAAGAAAAAAAGAAAAUUCCAAUUUUUUCAUUAUUUUAGCUACACAGCUGUUAUUUCAAAGUCCUUAAAAGAAUUGUAAAAUAAUGUCAACAUCCUUAAAAGAAAUUAAAAACAAUGCCAAAUAAAUUGUUAAAAAAUACCACAACUAAUUGCUUAGCAUUUUGCACUGGGUAUUGCGCAAUAGCAGCACGCGCUCAUCAAUAUAUUGACGCCGCAAUAGUUGCUACGGUUUGGCACAUUGCUACGAGAAUAGUGUGACACUAUGCUAAAUGGUUUUCGUACUGGCUGCGCACCAUAGUUGUUGGUUUGCGACCUGACUAAACAAAUUUUAUGCAGCGAAUGUUAAUAAAUAGAGAAGGCGCAAAUGUUAAGUACUAAUUUGAGAUUUUCACAAGAGGGAACUUCGAAAAAUACAACUUCAAAACUUUAGAAACCACGCAGUGAUCAAAACGGGGAAAAGGCAAAUAGACACAAAGAAUGUUCUUACAUGAAUUAUGCGCUUGCUGAUUUACAUUUGCACAUUAUGUUUUUGUUAUUCUAAUUUUCCUUAACACUCAUGGCAAAGAACAUCUGCGCAUACAUAUAUUAGCCGUUCCUUUAUAAGGUGGUGAAAGUACACUUGGUUUCUGCUUAGUGUGGUGUAAUUUGUUGAGUUCGCUUAUAAAGAGGGGAAGGUUCCUUUUUGAACUGGUGUAAUUUAAUUUUCG